AUGAGGAAAGUCCAAAACCUUGGUCACCUCAGUGGUGGGUAUGCUCACCAGAGCUCCUGGUACACCAUAAGAAGUAAAGGUUUCUACCUUGCUGGAACUCAGUACAGGCCCAUUUCAGGCAGUGCUUUUACUAAAGGAUUUGAAUGGGACCUGAAGGGGAUUCCUCUGGACUCUGGAGCAGAGCUGCACUGUGUCGUCAAAGACCAUGAGAAGAUGGGUAGAAACAGAGAUGUGCUCAACUCUCCCAACUUCGCUGCCUCCUUCCCACGUCUCCCCCUGCUGGACACCAAAGAGAAACAACACAGGGCCACGCUCACCCUGCAGGUUUCCUACAUCCCUCCUCCAGGAUCGGCUCCAGUCUUCCAGCCUCCUCACCAGCCUGAGGCUCUGCCCCAUAACAACCCCAAUGUAGAGCUGGACACAGUCACAGUGAUUUCUCUGGACACUUUGGGCGAGGAGGAUACAGAGAGUAUGAUGAUGCUGGAGCCGACAGAGGACCAGGGUCCCGAUGACGGACGCUCCAUGGUCAUCGUCGGUCCUCAGGGGCCCUCGGGCCAUGAAUCGCCCACUGCCCAGACACCUAAACGCUCGCCGCCAUCCUACAACACCCAUGGAGGGCUGAGGAAGAGGAGGAGAGGAGCCAGCAGUCAGCACAAACCACUGCCAAACAAACCACAGGACAUACAGGUUCGUGUGAGGGUCAUCGAGGGACGACAGUUGCCGGGCAUCAACAUCAAGCCUGUUGUCAAGGUAACGGUCGCCGGGCAGACCAAGAGGACCCGCAUCAGAAAGGGCAACAACCCGGUCUUUGACGAGACGUUCUUCCUGAACUUCUUUGAGACUCCAUCAGACUUGUUUGAUGAACCCAUCUUCAUCACCGUGUGUGACUCUCGCUCACUCAGAACUGAUGCUGUGAUCGGCGAAUUCAAGUUGGAUGUGGGCACCGUCUACAACGAGCACAGACACUGCUUCUUGAGGAAAUGGCUGCUGCUGUGUGACCCCGACGACCUCUCUGCUGGGGUCAAAGGUUACCUGAAGGUCAGCCUGAUGGUUCUGGCAGCUGGAGAUGAGCCACCGGCUGAUAAACGCGAGUGUGUGGAAGACAAAGAAGACAUAGAAGGAAACCUGCUGAGACCGGCCGGUCUGUCUCUGAGAGGAGCCACGUUCACCCUGAGGAUCUUCAGAGCUGAAGACCUGCCACAAAUGGACGACGCCUUCAUGGAUGGGAUGAGGCAGAUUCUUGGGUUCGACAGCAACAGGAAGAACCUGGUGGAUCCUCUGGUGGAGAUCCACUUUGCUGGCAAAACUGUCUGCACAAAGAUUCUGGAGAAAAACGCAAAUCCACAGUGGAACCAGAGUCUGAGCAUGCCUAUUAGGUUUCCCUCCAUGUGUGAGAAGAUGAGGAUCAGAAUUCUGGACUGGGACAGAGCCAGUCACAACGAUGUCAUCGGCACCACCCACCUCUGCAUGUCUAAGAUCUCGGCCCCCGGAGGAGACAUAGAUGAUGACUUGACUCCACGGACCGUCCAUUCUGGCAUUGAUGACAGUCUUGGUUUCCUGCCGACGUUCGGUCCAUGUUUCGUCAACCUGUACGGCAGCCCCAGAGAGUUCACCGCCUUCAACGACCCACACGAAGCUCUAAACCUCGGAAAAGGCGAGGGCGUGGCGUACCGUGGCCGAGUUUUACUGGAAGUAACCACAAAGCUGGUGGACAAACCGGAGCAGAAAAUUGAAGACAUACCAUCAGAUGACCUGCUGGUGGUGGAGAAGUUCCUCAGGAAGAGGAAGUUCUCUCUCUUCGUCUCGUUCUACUCGGCCACGCUCCUCCAGGACGUAGACGACGCCAUCCAGUUCGAGGUCAGCAUCGGUAACUACGGCAACAAGUUCGACUACACCUGCCUCCCUCUGGCCUCCGCCACCCAGUUCAGCAGGGCGGUGUUUGACGGUUGCCACUAUUAUUACCUCCCGUGGGGAAACGUUAAGCCGGUGGUGGUUCUGUCUUCAGAGUGGGAGGACAUUAGGCCAAGGAUCGAGGCUCUCAACAUGCUGCUGGCUAUCAUAGAGAGACUGGAGGCCAACCUGCAGCGGGUGCAGCUGGAAGUGCAGGCAGGCGGUGAUCUGGAGGAGGUGGAGCUCCGAGUGGUGGAGCUGUUGGAUCAGGUCAUCACAGACUGCAGUGAAGAGCUGCCCUCUAUCGACCAGUGGCAGUGUGCGACCCCUCUGGAUCGCUCGCUGAGGCACAUUCGCAUCCUCCACCUGCAGCAGAUCGUUUCGGCGGCGCUCGCUCUCAAGCACGGAACUGCCACCGAGCUGUCCACGGUGCUGGAGCAGGCAGAGGACUGGGCCAGCAGGCUGAGGACAAUGGCUGAGGAGGUGAAACCAGCCUUCCAGACCAUCGUGAUAUGGAUGAUGCAGGCGACGCAGGUGGCGUACCACCGCAUCCCGGCACACAUGUGCCUUCUCCCAGCAAGCACUGCCGGGAAACACUGUGGACAGCUGCAGACUGUCUUCCUCAAGCACCCGCAGGGCAGCAGCAAGGAGCCCAAACUUCCCGGUCAGCUGAGGGUGAAAGUCUGGUUUGGAUUGGCUGCUGACGUCAAACACUUCAACCAAUACGCGGAAGGAAAACUGUCGGUCUUUGCUGAGGCGUAUGAGAACCAGACCCGACUUGCCCUGGUGGGCAGCUGGGGAACUACAGGUUUAACCUCCCCCAAGUUCAGCGACGUCACUGGAAGAGUUAAACUUCCCAAAGAGAGCUUCAAACCCUCACCAAGCUGGACUUGGGCCGGAGACUGGUACAUCAGCCCCGAGAAGACACUGCUGUAUGACGUGGACGCCGGUCACAUGACCUUCACAGAGGAAGUGUUUGAAAACCAGAUGAGGUUACCCGGCGGACAGUGGAUCGGCAUGCCCGAGGGGUACACUGACGUGAAUGGGGAGAAGGCGGUGCCAAAAGACGAGGUGGAGUGUCCUCCAGGUUGGGUGUGGGAGGAGGUGGAGUGGAGCGAAGAUCUCAACAGAGCUGUGGAUGAUCAAGGCUGGGAGUACGGCAUCCCCAUCCCUCCAGACCGUCGUCCCAAGUCGUGGGUGCCGGCAGAAAAGAUGUACCACACCAACCGAAGGAGACGGUGGAUACGAAUGAGACGACGGGACCAGCAGAAGAUGGAAGCUCUCAGACGGCAGCGUCCGGACGAGGCAGAGAAGGAGGGCUGGGAGUACGCGUCGCUGUUCGGCUGGAGGUUCCACUUGAAGCCGAGGAAGACGGACAGCUUCAGGAGGCGCAGGUGGAGGCGCCGCAUGGAGCCGCUGGAGAAGACGGGACCGGCGGCCAUCUUUGCUCUGGAGUGCUCUCUGAGCAGUAUAGAGGACAAGAACGAGGACAGGUCGGUCACGACCACGUUCGGAGUCAACAGACCGACCAUUUCCUGUUUCUUCGACACCGGCACCCGCUACCACCUGCGCUGCUACCUGUACCAAGCCAGAGACCUGCUGGCCAUGGACAAAGACAGCUUCUCAGACUCGUAUGCCAUCGUGUCGUUCCUCCAUCAGUCCCAGAAAACAGUGACGAUGCGAAACACUCUCAAUCCCACCUGGGACCAGACGCUCAUCUUCUACGAGGUCGAGAUUUUCGGCGACCCCGAGGUCACGAUGGCCACUCCACCCAACGUCUUGGUGGAGCUUUACGACUCGGACACAUACGGUGCUGAUGAGUUCAUGGGCCGCUGUGUGUGCCAGCCCUCCCUGACUGCCUCCCCACGUCUGGCCUGGUUCCCGAUUCGCUUUGGGGACAAGAACGCCGGCGAGCUGCUGGCCGCCUUCGAGCUCUUACGCAGAGAAAAGCCAGCGAUUCACCAUAUUCCAGGUCAAGAGGGGGACGUCAUGACCUCCACUCACGUUCUGGACGAGUUGAUGUUUCCAGGAUUCCUCUCGGAAAACCUGCAGGAAUGGCCGGAGGAGUCGGACCUCCCGUACCCGCCGCCUCAGAGAGAGCCCAACGUCUUCGUGGUUCCUCAGGGGAUCAAACCUGUUCUGCAGAGAACCGCCAUCGAGAUUUUAGCGUGGGGAGUUCGUAACCUGAAGAGUUUCCAGAUGGCCAGCAUUACCUCCCCGAGCCUGCAGGUGGAAUGUGGAGGCACUGUGGUCCAGAGCUGCGUCAUCCGCAGCGUGAAGAAGAAGCCCAACUUUGACAUCAACAAGCUCAUCCUUGAUGUGCAACUUCCCUGCGAGGAGCUCUACAUGCCGCCGAUCACCAUCAAAGUCAUCGACAACCGUCAGUUUGGGAGGAAGCCGGUGGUCGGUCAGUGCACCAUCCGGUCGCUGGAGGAGUACCGGUGCGUCCCGGAGGAGGAGCGAGCGGCGCUGGAGGAGGACGAGGAAUGGAGACGUGAGACGCCCCAGUUGAUCUGUGGGGAGGUUUUUAUUGACAUCGACGAUGAGGAGCCGCUCAUGCCCGACCAGGAAGAAGAGUUUAUGGACUGGUGGAGUAAAUUCUACGCCUCGACUGGAGAGAAAAACAAAUACGGCACGUACCUGGAGAGAGGCCUCGACACGCUGAAGGUGUAUGAUCGGGAGCUAGAGAAGGUCGAUGGUUAUGAAGGGCUCUCAGAUUUCUGCAAGACUUUCAAACUGUACAGAGGAAAGACUCAAGAUGAAGGAGAAGAUCCUUCAGUUGUGGGAGAGUUCAAGGGUAUGUUUAAGAUCUACCCGCUGCCGGACGACCCCUCCACUCCCACUCCCCCCAGACAGUUCAGAAAGCUUCCUCCCAAUGGCAUCGAGGACUGUUUGGUCCGAAUCUACAUCAUCCAGGCUCACAGUCUGCAGCCCAAAGACGCCAACGGGAAGUGUGACCCCUACGUGAAGAUCACUUUGGGGAAAAAGACCAUAAACGACCAUGAAAACUACAUCCCCUGCACUCUGGAUCCUGUCUUUGGAAAGAUGUUCGAGCUCACCUGUUCCCUCCCUCUAGAGAAGGACCUUCGGGUGAUGCUGUACGACCACGACAUGCUGACCAAAGACGAGAAGAUCGGAGAGACGGUGAUCGACCUGGAGAAUCGCUUCCUGUCCAAAUAUGGGGCCAUGUGUGGCCUGCCGCAGUCCUACUGCGUAUCGGGGGUAAACCAGUGGCGAGACCAGCUCACACCCAGGCAGCUGCUGUACAGAGUGUGUGAGCGACGAAACCUCCCAAAGCCAAUCUACCAAGAAGACGUGGUCCACUUUAGAGGAGACCAGUACUCCACUGUGGACCUUGAGGAGAAAAAUGUGUCCAAACGUCACCUCGGCCCAAUUAAGGAGCGACUGUCCCUCCACAUCUUGAGGAAACUGGGACUUGUACCCGAACACGUGGAGACCAGACCUCUAUACAGCCCGCUGCAACCUGAAAUAGAGCAGGGGCGUCUGAUGAUGUGGGUUGACCUGUUCCCCAAGUCCCUGGGAGCACCCGGACCCCCGUUCAACGUCACACCUCGCAAGGCUAAGAAGUUCUUCCUGCGUUGCAUCAUCUGGAACACCAGCGACGUCCUACUGGAUGACGUCAGCAUCAGCGGGGAGAAAAUGAGCGACAUCUACGUCAAAGGUUGGCUCGACGGACACGAACACAACAAGCUGAAGACCGACGUCCACUACCGCUCUCUGGGCGGCGAGGGAAACUUCAACUACAGAUUCCUGUUUCCUUUCCACUACUUACCCGCAGAGCAGCUGUGUGUGGUCGACAGGAAGGAACACUUCUGGAGUAUGGACAAAGCUGAGACUAAACUGGCCCCCAGACUGACCAUCCAGGUCUGGGACAAUGACAAGUUCUCCUUCGACGACUACCUCGGUCACCUGGUGAUGGACCUGAACCACAUGCUGCGUCCGGCCAAGUCUCCUGAGAAAUGUAACCUGCAGCUUCUGGACCAGCCUGCGGACAGACUGGUGUCUCUGUUCGAACAGAAGACCGUCAAAGGAUGGUGGCCCUGCACCUGCGAGAAAAACGGAGAGAAGAUCAUCGCUGGGAAAGUGGAGAUGUCUCUGGAAAUCGUGACGGAGCACGAGCACGAGGAGAGACCGGCUGGCAACGGCAGAGACGAACCCAACAUGAACCCUCACCUGGAGGAGCCUCAGCGUCCAGAGACCUCCUUCCUGUGGUUCUCCUCCCCCUAUAAGACCCUCAAGUACAUCCUGUGGAGGCGGUUCAAGUGGUUCAUCAUCCUCUUCAUCAUCCUCUUCUUCAUCCUCCUCUUCCUAGGCGUCUUCCUCUACUCCUUCCCGAACUACGCUGCCAUGAAGAUGGUGGGACCGUUUGGACCGGCCAAGGCAGCAGAGUGACGAUGGAAGAAGGAGAAACAAGCUGACACAAUGAAGAACAACUUCCUACAAGUGAAAUUAGGCUGAAUUUCUUUUAUUUUUCUUCUUUUUCUUGAGUCUUUAAAACUUGCUGAAGUUGUUCAGAGGGAAUGAAAACUGCAGCGUUGAACUUGUGAACUGUGUUCCAGAUAAGUUUACCCUCUUUUGUACAGACAGACCUGAUUAGCAAUAGUGCCCAGGGUUCUAAAACGCCUCUGAAAUGACGUAUGUGUGUGUGUUAGUGUGUCCAUUGGUGCCUUUACUGUUAAAUUCAUGCGUCACUCUCCAUUCAUCAGAAAAAAAACGCUGCUUUACUGUACCGGAUUCAUUUCCAAACUUAUCAUCAGAUCUCAGCAUGGGUCUUCCGACGUCCCUUCGUCAAGUCCUUCAUCCCUCUUUACGUCUCGUCUGCCCUCACGCAGAGAAGAAGGAGCUUAAAAGCCCGCCGGGAAACGCCGCCACGUUCUAAAAAAGCUGAAACAGAAUCAGAGAUUGUGACGUCUGAUCUUUUCACCGCCUGCUGUGUCUGUUUCUUCAACGAGGCAAAGUAAGGUCAGGCAACGGUGACUGGGCGGCUUCAAACUUAUGAAGAAGAACCUCAAAGCGAGAACAGGGAUCGUAUUCCCUCUGAAUCAUCUCGCGCGCUGCCUUCAAGUGCAAUCAGAAAUUUCGUUUUUUCAAUUUUGUGUUUUCAGCUGUGAUUUAUUGUGUUAUGUGUAAUCAAUCAAUAGGUCACGUAUGUUAUCUCUCAGCAGUUAUAAUAGUGUUAAAAAAUUAAAGCUGUAAUUUUCUUUUGCUUC